AUCCAGAGGGAUCCGACGAUGUGGAGUGGAGUGGGGCUGAGUGUACUGGGCCUGCUGUGCCUCCACAGCUUAGUCCACGGACAGGAUGCAGUGGAAGUGCAGCCAGGUGUCCUCAUAUUCUGUGACGAUCCUACUGUAGAAACGGCGGUCAGCAGUGCCAUGAACAAGUUCAAUGAAGGCAUCAGCACCGGACACAAGCUGGCACUGUUUCAGAUCCUCUCAGCCACCAAGUCAGAGAAUGGCUCCGACACCCUGUACUCGCUGCAGUUCACCACCAGGAGGAGUGAUUGUCCAGCCGGAGACCCCAAACCCUGGACAGACUGCGACUACCUGCCUAUUGACAGGAAACCAAUUCCUUGCAAUGCUGUGGUGUCCAUGACAGAGACAGAAACAGAAACUAAAGAGGUGCACUGCCACAUCGAGGAUCAUGUCAAGGAGGGGAGGGCUCAGUGUAUGGGCUGCCCUGAGGAGAUAGAGGAGAACUCCGAGGACCUGAAGGUUCCUGUUUCUGUUUCCAUCUCCAAAUACAACUCCAUGUCUGACUCCACGCACCUGUUCCGUCUGAAUGAUAUCAUGCACGCCACCAGACAGGUGGUCGCAGGUUUGAGGUACAAGUUUUCCUUUGAUAUGAGGAGGACCAACUGUGCCAAGGCCGAACACAAAGACCUUCAUGACUGCUGCGCUCCUGAUGAAGAGACUGUGGAAUAUGCAAGAUGUAACACUACAGUGGAUGUUGCUCCGUGGAGACUGGAGCCUCCACAGGCCCAGCUCGAGUGUGAACCUGGUCGACUGCCUAUGAUGUUCACUAGACGCCGUCCUCCUGGCUGGUCUCCACUCAGAAACCUUCUGUUUAAGUGCAUCCCGUCCACUUCGCCUUCACCCUCAUCCUCACCCUCACCCUCACCCUCACCCCCACCUUCACCAAACCCCUCCCAGGGUACAGUGAAGGAGGAGUCAUCUGAGGAGGACACAGGAACCCCCAAGCCCACCGCCUCCUCAGACUCCCCCUUCCACUGCCCGUCCAAACCCUGGAAACCCUUCAACCCGGUGCACUCUGAGCCCAAAGCCCCUACUAAAGCACCAGAGGAGUCCACCGCCCAGCCUGAUGGGGUUUUCACCGAUACGGACCUGCUGGGUUAAACCACAUUUUAUCAGCUCUAACCUGACAGAUUGUUUAGCUUGUCAUCGUACUGGGUCACAUUGAAAGCUUUGAGUUAAAGUCAUACAAGCAGGGUUUAGUUAAUGACAUAAUCGGGUUUGAAGGGGAUGAAAGUGAAAACGGCCCAUUUUUGAGGGCAUGUACGUCCUCCGAAAGCACUGAAAAAGGGACUGUGAUGCCAGCGCUAAAAUUUAUUGCUUGUUAAGCAGAGUCAGUUUCAUUUAGGAAAGAGCUCUCAGUGUAAAUCUGAGAUCUUAGUUAAAGAAUCAGACACUACAGUAAAAUAAAGUUCUUGCUGUACAUCCUGGUUUUACGCC